AAUUAUGUCCAAGAAGAACUUAACAUACGUGGAAGCUAGAGAGCUGGUGGCUCCGAUCGAAAUGCAAAAUAAGUACGAUGUCUUGGCUAACAUUUCAGAAUUUCCAACGCUACCAAACACGUUCGCGAAAAUGACCGCUGGAAAAUACUCCAUCCGAAAUAACCAGCAAUCCCAGCAGAGGAACUACAACGUCAACAACAAACAGGAUGAAGCAACGUCAGGUAGUCUCAAGAAAGCGGCUAACGAAUCGACUGUAGCAGCAAAAAAAAUGAAACUCGACAAUGAACGACAGCAGCACAUCAGAGAUCGCAAUGCGGAUUCAACAUCACAAGGAGCUGGUCUGAACAAUCCUAUCGCCGUGAGCGAAAAGGAAAAAUGGGACCACAUCAUCAAGAAAGCAAAUGCUGACGCACUGGAAACAGCUAAUCGCAACGUCCGGGGCGAACUCGCGAACUUCUACACGGCUUUGCUUCAAUGCACCGGGGUCACGGAGGAACUACAGGAAAAAAUUAAAGAAUGUUCUAAGAAAUUUUUAAAUCUAGAUAGUAUCAUAGCAUAAACAGA